AGUUUUGUACGCUUCCAUCCAUUCCGAGAGACGCUAAAGGCCCCCCUCAUCAAGCUCACUGCCGCGUACGGGAACACCUCCGCGCUAAAUCAGAUUUUUUGCCCGUUUAUUUGUCUUUUGGAGCCGGAGCGCGUUGCCAGAAAGUGGUCGAUUCAGCAGUGUCCUAAAGCUUUUUGUUUUUUUUCCCCUCCUGUAGGGAUGAUGACACGAGUCUGAGAGCAUCAUCAUCGCGACGCAAAGUUGUAAGACAUGUUGAAGUGAUUUUUUUUUAAAGGAAGAAAAGAAAAGAAAUCAACAACAACAUCCAGCGUGCAGGUAUUUCAACGACUCUUCCGACAAUCCAAACAAGCCGCUGAGAGAUCUGGUCCAUGUGGUGCCAACGCAGGACGCGCUGAAGACUUGUUCUGGACUUGGUUUGUUCGGGUUUUUUUUAACAAAUCACGACCAAACUCUCAGAGAGCUGAGUGACUCGUGGAGAAAGGAACGACUGAUCCCCUGGUUUUCGUUUUGACCUGGUUGGCUGGAGCUGGUUUUUGCGCGCACACCGCUUUAAUGUUUGGGAUUCAGGAGAAUAUACCGAGAGGGGGGACGACUAUGAAAGAGGAGCCGCUGGGCAGCGGCAUGAACUCGGUCCGAACAUGGAUGCACACGGCCGGCGUGGUGGAUGCGAACACAGCCGCCCAAAGUGGAGUGGGUCUGGCUCGGGCGCACUACGAGAAACAGCCGCCGUCCAAUCUGAGGAAGUCCAAUUUUUUCCACUUCGUCUUGGCUCUGUACGACAGACAGGGACAGCCCGUCGAGAUCGAAAGGACAGCUUUUGUGGACUUUGUGGAGAAGGACAAAGAACCAAACAGUGAAAAAACAAACAAUGGGAUACAUUACAAACUUCAACUUUUGUACAGCAACGGAGUCAGAACAGAACAGGAUCUUUAUGUACGGUUAAUCGAUUCCAUGACAAAACAGGCGAUUAUUUAUGAAGGCCAAGAUAAAAAUCCAGAAAUGUGCCGAGUUCUUCUUACACAUGAAAUUAUGUGCAGCCGGUGUUGUGACAAGAAAAGUUGCGGCAACAGAAACGAAACUCCUUCAGACCCUGUGAUCAUCGACAGAUUCUUUUUAAAAUUCUUCCUCAAGUGCAAUCAGAACUGCCUGAAGAAUGCAGGCAACCCGCGGGACAUGCGCAGGUUCCAGGUCGUUAUAUCGACGACAGUUAACGUGGACGGUCACGUGUUGGCCGUUUCGGACAACAUGUUCGUCCACAACAACUCUAAACAUGGUCGCAGAGCUCGCCGCCUUGACCCCUCUGAAGCAGCUACCCCGUGCAUAAAGGCGAUUAGCCCCAGUGAAGGCUGGACCACCGGUGGAGCCACGGUCAUUCUGAUUGGGGAUAACUUCUUUGAUGGACUACAGGUCGUGUUUGGCACAAUGCUUGUAUGGAGUGAGUUAAUUACACCCCAUGCCAUCCGAGUGCAGACGCCUCCCAGACACAUCCCAGGGGUCGUGGAGGUCACUCUGUCCUACAAGUCCAAGCAGUUCUGCAAAGGAGCGCCCGGACGAUUCGUCUAUACUGCUUUGAAUGAGCCCACAAUUGACUAUGGCUUCCAGAGACUGCAGAAGGUCAUUCCCAGACAUCCAGGUGACCCGGAGAGAUUGCCAAAGGAGGUUCUACUAAAGAGAGCAGCUGACCUUGUGGAGGCUCUAUACGGAAUGCCCCACAACAACCAGGAGAUUAUUCUGAAGCGAGCAGCAGACAUUGCCGAGGCUCUUUACAGUGUACCACGCAACCACAACCAGAUUCCAUCGCUUGCUAACACUGCAUCUCAUGGCGGCAUGAUGGGAGUCAACUCUUUCAGUAGCCAGUUGGCAGUCAACGUCUCCGAAAGCUCACAAGUUGGCUACAGCCGUAACACAAGCAGUGUGUCACCUCGCGGCUAUGUCCCCAGCAGCACUCCUCAACAGUCCAAUUACAACACAGUCAGCAACAGCAUGAACGGUUACGGGAACGCCGGCAUGCCCAACCUGGGGGUUCCAAGCUCGCCCGGAUUCCUCAACGGCUCAUCUGCCAACUCGCCCUACGGCAGUAAGUAUCAAGUAGUUCCGUCGAGCCCUACCAUGGCAGCCUCUUCGGUCAGCCUCUCUUCAAACUGUAGCAGUACACACGGCAUUUUCUCAUUCUCACCUGCCAAUGUCAUCUCUGCAGUGAAACAAAAGAGCGCCUUUGCCCCUGUUGUCAGGCCCCAAGCAUCUCCACCUCCUUCUUGCACCAGUGCAAAUGGCAAUGGACUUCAAGCAAUGUCCGGACUGGUGGUCCCUCCCAUGUAAAUUGCACUUCAACUUCUUGUAGAGCAACUGUGUGUGCAGUAAGCCUUGGGGUACGACACAGUUCCACAGCCAUCCGUCAUGAAGUAAAUCGAGUGUAAUUCAAGAAGAGAAAAUUCCAGAAGAAAGAGACUUUGUUUUAAAGAUUUUAUCCAGACUAAUGUAGAUUGACAUGCAAGAAACUUUGAAUGAUUUACAUUUAUUGACUGUCAUAUUUUCAUGUUUCUCUGUCUUGGAAGAAAAAAAGAAAGAAAGAGAAAGAAAGGAAAGAAAAUCCUGUUUUGUAUAAACCGUUUGAUCAUGGCUAGAUCUCGCUAUGUGUGGGGAGCAACUUGAUGAAAAACACACUGAAAUGUCUCUGAAUGUUUCUUUUUCGAGUGAUGCGAAGCUGUCGCAUAUCUCUAUAAUGUGAAGUCAUUUUUUCAUUAUUUUCUUUUUUUUUUUUAUUAUUAUUAAUUUGUGGUAAAAAAGGGGGCCAAGCCAAUACUGCAGAGCCAACAAAAUGGAAAUGAUCUAAAAUAUAAAAUGUUUUAUAUGAUGUAAAGAUUAAAAUGAAUAGGAGUGAGUGAGGAGAAACAGGCAGAUGAGAUGUUCAAGUGCAUACUUCAUCUAAAAUGAACUUUGUAACUUAUUGUAGGUAGAAAUUGUAACUUUGAUAUUGCAAAGAUUCUCUUGCCUUCGACAAGCACACUAACAGAGAUGAGAUGCUACUGUCUGUUGGUUAUAAAAAAAAAAAAAAGUAAAUAGAAAAAGAAAGAAAACACUUCCACUGCUAAAGCUUCCUGUAAAGCAAGUGUGAUCUGCAUUGUUUUUCAACUUUUUUGCUAGCACUGUAUACUAUUGCAUUCUUAGGCUACUGUGGAGUCUAUGUUUCUUGUACCAGAAAGUUGUCCUUUUACUUCUAGCUCCUUAUUCCCUAAUGUGUUUUGUAUGUGGUUAAACAAUUGUAGACUUUUGUGAUUUUGCCAAAGUUGUAGCUAAAUAUUUAUACACUUGUCUUGAAUUUUCCAAAUCCACGUAAAUAUUUAGUACAGAGUUUUAUUCCUACUGAACCAGCUAGGAGUAAAAUAGUCUUAUACAUUGCAACACUUUCACACAAACACUUACGGUCACUAAGGGGUUUUUGUAACAUAUCAAUUAUAAAUAUUGUAUUUAUCUUGGAAAUUUUUGUAUAUUGCUUUCCAUCUUUUUAUUUGAUUUCAUAUGUAAUGUUUAAUUAUAUCCGAUAUUGUGAUGCAACAC